AUGGGAUUUGAGAAGGCUGGUGCUGAAAGGAAGCUACAAUUGGCAGAACUGGAGACCCUUCGACUUGAAGCAUAUGACAAUUCCAGACUGUACAAAGAGAAGGUGAAAGCUGUGCAUGACAAGCAUAUCAAGAGAAGUGAGUUUAGACCUGGAGAUCUAGUUCUCCUUUAUAACUCAAGGCUGAGGCUCAUGCCAGGCAAGCUGAGAUCAAGGUGGGAAGGACCCUACAAAGUAAAGAAGGCAGAGCCAAAUAGAGUCUUCCACCUGAGCCACCCUUCGAGUUCCAAUCUCAUCAAAGUCAAUGGACAUCGCUUAAAGCUGUAUCAUGGUGAGAAGAUGAAUGAAAAUAAAGAGCUAGAGGUUUUCCUCUUGAAGGACCCAGCAACAGAAGCAGAUUAA